GACGACGGCGCGCGGGAGCUCCAGCUUCAGUGCAGCCAAGCUCCGACCUCACGACAGCUGCCUCACUACAAUCUCAAUAUGGCAGCAUCCGCGGCACAGUACAAGGACAGGCAGUUCCUCGCCGUAAUAGGCGAUGAGGACACUUGCACGGGCAUGCUGCUUGCAGGCGUAGGCCAUGUUACUCAGCCACCGGACAGCCAGAAGAACUUCCUCGUUGUAGACGCAAAGACCGAGACCGCGACCAUCGAAGCUGCAUUCGACCGCUUCACCAGCGAGCGCAAGGAUAUCGCGAUUCUGCUCAUCAACCAGCACAUCGCCGAGAAGAUACGACACCGAGUCGAGACAUACACCGCUGCCUUUCCCUCCCUCCUCGAGAUUCCAUCGAAAGAUCACCCUUACGACCCCGAGAAGGACAGUGUGCUGAAGAGGGUGAGGAGGUUAUUCGGAGAGUAGACAUCGGAUGUAGCAGACUGGCGGAACAUGGCAGCCCCAGCACACAUUACUCGUGGAUGGGUACCAAGAAUGUGUCGCCAGCAGUCAUCUGUGCAUACAAGCUAUACGUCAAUAAAUAUGAUAUCCACCACAAUGCAUACAAGUCGGAGAAUGAAGC